UAUUCAGCAGCACUCCGUGGCUGCAAGAUAUCUUGGGCCCUUACGCUGACCCGGAAUUACGAUCUUUGAGCGACGCAGACGUCUAAGACUUGUGCGCUCAAGACGUCGAAGGGCUUCGAGCCGAGGCUCGUUACACCAAUGUUGGGGUCGAGGAAAGCAGACUAUUCACCCUUUCAACAGCAGGUCUAGUGAGAUAUUAACACGCAUUGUCCGAUUACAUGGACGACCAGUGGCACGACGAGCCCCCUGAGAAACGCGGCACAGCCUUUGGAGACGAAGCGUGGUUAUAUUGGCAGCAUGACUUUCGGGGCCGGUAUUUGUCCAUCCAGCAUGCACACAACGCCAUCCAGGAGGGUGGGAAGAGGCGAGGCAUCAUGACAGCACUCUUUAUGGCCGCAUUUCGAGAGGCAAACGAGUGGAACUUUACUUCAGUCGAGAUUGAAGGCCGACGGGCGUAUGCUCAGGGCAUCCAGCUCUUUCGCAGCAGCUGAGCACAGGAC